GUUCAAAUCUUUGGAAGAGCGAAAAUAGUAAAAAUGAAAUAGCUAUUGCUAACAUGCCAUACGUGUUCAUAUUCUACUUACCAUCUAUAUCUCUUGUUAGUCCUAUAAAUACCACGAGUAAAACAAUGAGCAAGCAUCAUUACCUUCUCUUACAAAAAAAAAAAUCACCAUUUUAAUUUGUCAAAAUUACCAAUGGCGAGUUCAAGCAAGCAGACUCGCGGAAAACAAAAGAUUGAGAUGAAGAGGAUAGAUGAUGAUGACGAUCGAAUGAUUACGUUUUCAAAGCGUCGGUCUGGCAUAUAUAAGAAGGCAAGUGAGCUUGUGACCAUGUGUGGCACAGAAGUCGGAAUUGUUGUCUUUUCUCCAACGGGGAAGCCCUACUCAUUCGGUCAUCCCUCUGUCCAGGCCGUAUUAAACAAGUUCCUAAAUAGGAAUGUCCCUCCGCCCGCGGACGACAGGUUGCAACCACUCAUCGAUGCAAAUAUAAGAAUGAGGAGAGAAAGAUACAAUGACUUUUUCAAUCAGCUCCUCGCACGACUGGAUAAUGCAAAGGAGAGAGGAAAGGAUCUGUCGAGGAUUACCCAUGCUACGAGCGAAGGGAAUUCCUCAAACUGGGAGCGCGGGUGGUGGGAGAAGCCCCUUCAAGAGCUCUCAUUCGAUGAGCUCAAGGAAGAGGCCUUGUUUCUAGAGGCAUUACACAGGGACAUAUGCAACUACCUAAACUACCCUUCCGAUCUAAAUGCCCUUGGCGUUGUAGAUCCAGCACUCGAUCCAAGGGCAGUGAAUGAUCCACCUACUGGGGUAGAAGGUGGUGCUGGUCCUUCUGGGGAGGAUGUUUAG